UUUGGCUUUUUAUUUCAUCUUUACGACAUUAAAACCAGACCAAACCAAAAAACAUUUAAUAGUUUUUACCACCUUUUUAGAAAAAAAAUCAUCUCUUUUGAUCCUAUCUUCUCCUUUUUUAACUUUGAAGCAAAAUGGGAAGAACGCCUUGCUGUGACAAAAAGGGUUUGAAGAAAGGUCCAUGGACUCCUGAAGAAGAUGAGCUUCUCGUUGAGUAUAUCAAGAAAAACAACCAUGGUAGCUGGAGAACUCUUCCAAAGAACGCUGGGUUACUUCGCUGUGGAAAGAGUUGUAGACUGAGAUGGACUAACUAUCUAAGACCAGACAUAAAGAGAGGUCCUUUCACUCCUGAAGAAGAGAAACUCGUUGUCCAACUACACGCCAUUCUCGGCAACAGGUGGGCUGCUAUAGCAGCACAGCUUCCAGGGAGAACAGACAAUGAGAUCAAGAACCUAUGGAACACUCACUUGAAGAAACGUCUGUUAAGUAUGGGUCUUGACCCCAAAACCCAUGAGCCAUUACCUUCAUAUGGGUUAGCCAUACAAGCUCCAGCUUCACCAACAACACGCCACAUGGCUCAAUGGGAAAGUGCUAGGCUUGAAGCUGAGGCAAGGCUCUCUAGAGAGUCAAUGCUUUUUAAUCCUUCUUCUUCUGGAGGUGGAGUGAAAGCUGACUGUGAUCACUUCUUACGCAUUUGGAACUCAGAGAUUGGUCAGUCUUUCAGAAACCUUGCACCAUUUGAUGAAUCAACUGCUACUAGUCAAAGCCCUUGCUCUAGGACAACAACAUCUUCCUCCUCUGCUGCACUUCCAAAGAGCUCAACAAACUCUUGUGUUGGGAAAGAGAUUGUUGUGAAGACUCAUCAUGGCUCUGAUUCUUAUUCUCCAUGUUCUAACAAUCUUGAAGAUGUUUCAUCAGACUCUGCUCUUCAGCUUCUGCUUGAUUUCCCUAUAAGUGAUGAUGAUAUGAGUUUCUUGGAAGAGAACAUUGGUAGCUACUCAGAGUCUUCUCAUGUUGGUGGUGUCUCUAUGGGUUCUAAAUUCUAAUCUUAUGGGUGAAAAAAGUUAUCCCAAGUAGUGAUAUGGUAUCUAUGUAAAUCAGCAUUAGUUAGCUAUUAAUAUUAUCAAUCCUUUUUAUGAUUUGAA